AUGGGUUCUGCAGCGCCAUGCCCCACCCUCCUGCUGCUCUCAGUACUCUUGGUUCUGACCCAGACCAAGACCCAUAGUGGCGCUGGUGAGUGUGGAUCAGGAAGGAAUGGCCUCUGCCGGGUGGAGCUGGGGCGCCAGGCCUGGGCAGCAUCCCAAAGCCCUUUCUCAUCACCCACCCAGAAUCUCCUACUUCCUCCUCCACCCGCAUUCCAAGCCCUGCGCCCUGAUCUCCUCCUGCCUAGCGUAACUGCCAGGGUUCCGGGAAGAGGACCUGGCUCUCAUCUCUUGCCGCCCCCAGGGUCACACUCUCUGAGCUAUUCCGUGACGACGACCGCAUCUCUAACAACUCUCCAAGAUCUCCAAGUCUUCAUCGUUGGCUAUGUAGACGACACGCAAAUCUUGCGCUUCGAAAGUGGCGAGUCUACUAAGAUGGAGCCACGCGUGCCAUGGGCGAAGCAGAUAGGACUCGAUUAUUGGGAGUGGGUGAGAAAGGGUCUGGAGAGUUACUCACACCGGGCCAGAGAAAACCUGCGAUUUGCAAUCCGGAUCUAUAACCAGAGUGAUGACGGCUCUCAUACCUUCCAGUGUUUCAUUGGUUGCGACAUGGGUCCAGACAGACGCUUCCUUCGUGGGCACUAUAGACAUGCUUUUGAUGGCCUUGAUUACAUCAGCCUGAACGAGGACCUGAGAACUUGGACUGCGGCAGACAAGACGGCUCAGAUCACCCAGCGACAGUGGGAGGAAAAAAAUAUAGCAGAGCGCAUGAGGAUGUUCUUGGAGCGUGGGUGUGUUGUUUGGCUACUCCAGCACCUGGAGAUAGGGAAGGAGACUCUGCAGCGCUCAGACCCUCCAGAGGCACAUAUAACCCAUCACCCUAGACCUGAAGGUGAUGUCAUCUUGAGGUGCUGGGCUCUCAGAUUCUACCCAGCUGAGAUAACCCUGACUUGGGAGAAGGAUGGGGAAGACCAGACCCAGGACAUGGAGCUGGUGGACACCAGGCCUGCAGGAGAUGGAACCUUCCAGAAGUGGGCAGCUGUGGUAGUACCUUCUGGGGAGGAGCAGAGAUACACAUGUCAUGUGCACCAUGAGGGGCUGCCUGAGCCCCUCACCCUGAGAUGGGAGCCUCCUCCUUGGUCUACAAUAAGAAUGACUGUUGGUGUGGUUCUCCUUGGAAUAGUGGUCACUGGAGCUGUGGCUGCCAUGGUGAUGAUGAGGAAGAAAAGUUCAGCAUCUCACACUGUAUCCCAGGCUGGCUUGGGAACUCAUUAUGUAGCUGUGAUGGUUAAUCUUUAUUAUCAACUUGAGUGGAUUUAGAAUCUCCUAGGAGAUUCAAUUCUGGUCACAUCUAUAAGACUGUUUUCAGAGAUUAAUUAAGGAUGGAAGACCAACCCUGGGGCCCAAGGAUAAAAUGAAGAACAAGAGAAAGCCAGAUGUGAGGAUACUUCCAAGCUGCUUCCUGAUCUACUAAAGUUUGAGGAAUCCCAGCCACAUGCCUCUGUUGCCAUUUACUCCAUCGCACCUUAUGCUGAGAUUGACUGAACCU